AAAUAUUUCUUUUAAAGUCCAUAUGAAUACAUGGCCGGCAAUCAAGACGUGUGAAAUUUCCAACAUAAAGUGGACCCGGGUCAUUAUACUCUACCCUUUACCCGACCCGAACCGGAAAGAUUGAGGUGGACCUUGAAAGAAAGAAAACAACAAGCACCCAAUAAUAUAAUAUCAAACAAGUAAAUGACAACCCUGAAUUCUUCCUCCUCCUCCUCCGGCGGUGAAUCAACGAUGGACGAACAAUCAAACCCUCAACCACCAUCUUCCACCGUAAACAACAACAACGGAAUCUCCGACGAAGAAGAGAACAGCGAGGAAUCUCAGGCCCUGUGGAGCACCUUCACCGACAGCUUCCGUGAAGUGCAAUCUGUAUUGGAACGGAACCGGGUAUUAAUCCAGCAGGUUAACGAGAAUCACCGAUCGAAGAAUCAUGAAAGUAUGGUGUCGAAUGUCGCCCUGAUUCAAGAGAUUAAUAAUAAUGUUUCCAAGAUUGUGGCGAUGUAUGCGGAUUUGUCGGUCAAUUUCUCGACUGUGUUUCAUCAAAGAAAGGAGACUGACUGAUAUGUGGAUGAUUUCAGUAAGACUUGAUUGAUUUUGAUUACCGAAUAUGUUAUGUUGUGUUCGUUGAUUUUUAUAGAUUAGAUAGAUAGAUAGAUAUGGGGUUUGUGAUUCACCAGUUGAAUGCAGUUUCAAUUUGGGGCAAACUUUAUUAUACGAUUUUGGUGGUGAUUUAUUGUGUUAUGAAAACUAGGGUUAUAUAUUUGAUCAGUUUGUUUGGGUUCUCGAGAA